AGGGGGCUAGCGUGGGGCGGGUCGUGCAGUCCGGGGACGGAGAGUCUCGCAACCGCGGGCGUCGGUGAGAACAGGAUGGAGAGUUCAGAGUUGCCUCCAAAGCAGGAAAUUUCUAAAGUUUUGAAGUCAUCUAAUAGGACCUCAGUAGUACUCUGUGGAAUGAUUCCCGGAGGACCAGAAUCUGGAGAUGCCUGUGAAGAGGCUUUAGAGAAGCUAGAAGUUCAACCCUCAGGUGAACAAGGGACCAGACUGGAAAGCGAUUUCUUGGAAAUAACACAGGAAGAUAAAAAUAAAUCCACAAAAGAUGGGUGUGAUGAAUAUAAGGAACUUGGGGGACAUUCAGACCUGUCUUCCAGUCCUGCAGAACAUCAGGGAGUUCUGAAGGGGCAGAAAUUCUAUCGAUGUGAUGAAUGUGGCAAAGCUUUUAAUUGGAGUUCUCACCUCAUUGGGCAUCAGAGAAUCCACACUGGGGAGAAACCCUAUGAGUGCAAUGAGUGUGGCAAGGCCUUCAGGCAGACCUCUCAGCUCAUAGUCCAUCUCAGAAUCCACACAGGGGAAAAGCCCUAUGAAUGCAGUGACUGUGGAAAGACCUAUCGCCAUAGCUCCCAUCUCAUUCAACACCAGAGACUCCAUACUGGGGAGAAACCGUAUAAAUGUAUUGAAUGUGGAAAAGCUUUCAAUGAGAGUUCCAAACUCUUUGACCACCAGAGAACCCAUACUGGGGAGAAACCAUAUGGAUGCAAUGAAUGUGGAGCAGUCUUUAGUCGGAGUAAAAGCCUUGUCCGCCAUCAGGUACUUCACACUGGUGAGAAACCUUACAAGUGUAAUGAGUGUGGGAAAGCUUUCUGUUCUAACAGAAGUCUUAUUGACCAUCAGAGAAUCCACACUGGGGAGAAGCCUUAUGAGUGUAAUGAAUGUGGCAAGGCCUUCAGUCGAAGUAAAUGUCUUAUUCGACAUCAGAGCCUCCACACUGGGGAAAAACCAUUCAAAUGCAGUGAGUGUGGGAAAGCUUUUAAUCAGAUCUCUCAACUUGCUGACCAUGAGCGAAUUCAUACUGGAGAAAAACCCUUUGAAUGUAAUGAGUGUGGUAAGGCAUUCAGUCUGAGUAAAUGUCUCAUUAGACAUCAGAGACUUCACACGGGUGAAAAGCCCUAUAAAUGCAAUGAGUGUGGAAAAUCCUUCAAUCAAAACUCAUACCUCAUUAUUCAUCAGAGAAUUCACACUGGUGAGAAACCUUAUGAAUGUAAUGAAUGUGGGAAGGUCUUCAGUCAUAAUUCUAGCCUUAUGGUACAUCAGAGAACCCAUACUGGGGAGAAACCAUAUAAAUGCAAAGAUUGUGAGAAAGCCUUUCGUGACAGCUCACAACUCACUGUGCACCAAAGAGUUCACACUGGAGAGAAACCCUAUGAAUGUAUUGAGUGUGGGAAAGCCUUCAGUCAGCGUUCUACUUUCAAUCACCACCAGCGAACUCACACUGGAGAAAAGCACUCAGGUCUGGCUCGGUCUGUUUCUUAAGGCAUGAUUCUCUAAGACAGCAAGGAACUCUGAGUUAAGGUUUCUAUAUAAGAAGUAUGCUCACCCUGGUCUCCUCUUGGAACCACUAAUCCAAGUGGAUCAUUCCCUAAAUGCUCUCUGGUGGUCAGGAAGGUGGGAGAGUGGGAGUAACAGUACCGUCCUUCCCCACUAAGGAUUACACAUUUCAUGUGCUUGUAGGUUUCCUUUUUCUUUCACCUUUUUUUUUUUUUUUUUUUUUUUUUUGGCCACGCCAUGCGGCUUGCAGGGGAGCUUUCCCGCCCAGGGAUCAACCCAUGCCCUGAGCAGUGAAAGCAAGGAGUCCUAACCAGUGGACCACCAGGGAAUUCCCUUCUUUCACUUAAAAAAAAAAUUAAACUCUAUCUUGUUUCUUAAUUAUUUGUCCCAUAAUUAUAUUCUUAAGGAAAGAGAUAUUUCCUUAUUCUAUUCCAUCUCCUCCAUUUUACCAUUUAUAUAAAGUCAUUCUCCAAGACUCUGAGUCAUUCUUUCUACCUCUUGAAUGUGGCCCUUUUAAAACUACUUUAAUCUAGACUCUCAUCACUUGUGUUCUCUACCUAGAAAAGCUUUUCUUCCUGUUGGCCAAUCUGUGUCCCUUGAACCUUUAAGAUCUAGGUCAUCUCUGAAGGACUUUCUUCUUCAAAUGCUCCUUUUUUCCUCCUAACCUGUUGAUUGACCUCAGUGUUUUGAAUUAACCUGUGCUAUAAUUUGCAAUUGUUAUAUAAUUGCCUUGUCAAUUCUCAACCUAAUGCCCCUUUGUGUCCUUUUAUACUAACUUCAUGUUGCCUUUGAGGUUGGGUAUAGUAUCUAUUUCUUUUAGCAUAUAGAUAAUACUUUGCAUAUUCUAGUUGUUAAAUAGCUUUUAAAAACUCACCUCUCCAACUGAACCAUGCUUAAAGUGGGCAUGAACUCCCCUUUCACCACCAGACCUAAAAUUUCUAAAGAUGGGUAUCAUAGUAUAUCACAUACAAAGGCCUCAUUCGUAUCAUCUCCUUGUGUCCUUUAGAGUCUUACUACUGUUACCUCAGCCUCGGAGAGUUAAUGGAUUUGUGUUUGAGUGUGUGCAUGUGUGUGUUUGUAUGUAUGUAUCUAGGUAUUGGAGGCAGCUGUCAUGUUCCAGUGAUAAUGUACUUUGUCAUGAACAUGGACUCCAGUUCUGUACUAGCUUUCUCCACCCUGCUGUCUAAGUAAACAAGAACAGCAUCAAAGUUUACUGCAAAGAAGACUCAACUUCCAUGGAAAUUUCAACUCCUAGCAUUCUUGGAUGAUUGGAAUGAACAGUAAUGAAGUUUGUGACAAGAUAAUAGAGUCACACCAUUCUGAUUUCCUUACCAACUAGUUCUAGAUGCCUGCAACUGUCAUCUGAUUUUUAGGUGAGAGGUGUAUGCUUAAUUAUUGUGAUUAUCUUCUGGGCCAACUUUCAUACCUCAAAGGCAUAAGAAAAUCUUUUCAGGGGAUUUCCUCUUCUGCAGUCAUGUAUCAGACACAAGUUUUUCUUUCCAUCCUUGUAGUAGGGCCUCAAUGCUAGGGGAACUUUGCCCCUGGUAGCUACCCCCUUCCUCUUAGCAGUAUGACAGGAUCAGCAGUGUGGCAGAGGAGGAGGUGGUUAGAGGGACAAUGAUCAGGCACAUAACCUAGAGGAGAGAGAUUUUUGUGAGCUGUGAUUUAUGUCUCUGAGACAGUGGAGAAGAAGGGGAAGAGAGUUGAGGCUCAAGAAAAUAAGAAUUAGAUAUGAUUCUGGGUGAGGCAUCUCAGAAAAGGUUAGAGUGUUUAUUAGGAGCCUAAAAAAUUACCGAACCGAGGACAGAACUGGAAAUUUGCCAUUUGUGAGUAUUUUAAAUUUCUGUUAUAGCUAUAUUUUUGGUGUUUAUUUUCAUUUUUUUUAAACCGAUAGGACUUUCUUUUUUAAAGUGUUUUACUUUGGAAGCUCCCAGAUUCCAGGGGAGAGCCUAACCCUAUAUGAACACACAGGUCCAGCCCUCUACUCUGAUUUCAACAUGACUGGUUAUGUCUUUAGUAGAGAACCCUCUGUCGAGUAUUGUAAUUUUUUAUCUUCUGGUUCUGCUCAUACCGUACCACACUAAGUCUCUGGAGGGAGGGAUCCAGCACUGUUCAUAACCCUGUUAGCUGACCACCACCCGUCCGAGUUAGGUGCUAAGUAGCAGUGAAUGUCCUCACUUGCUAGAAAAGCACUCAGGCUCUUGGUUGGAGGAAAAGGGGCUAUGUUUGAAAGCCACACCUCAAUUUCUACUGGUUAUUGCUAGUAUUAUAAUAAUUAGUGAUUUAAAAAAAAUUUACUU